AUGGCUGAACUCUUUGAGGAAAGUGUUGCAUUUAUUAAUAGUGUACCUAAGAAUGUAAAUUUGCCUAAUGAUAUUAAGUUAAGUUUGUAUAAAUAUUAUAAGCAGAGUACAUUAGGUAAUUGUAAUAUAAAGGAACCAAGUAGAUUUAAAGUUACUGAUAGAAAAAAAUAUGAAGCUUGGAAAUCUGUAGAAAAUUUAAAUAGAGAGGAUGCAAAAAAAAGAUACGUUGAACUUAAUUCUUUAGAAAAUGGUAGCUUAGAAAUAGUUAAAAAUUGUAAUAUAUAUAAACGAAAUUUAGUUCAGGUAGAAAAAAAUAAGGAUUCAAAAAAGAAAAGAAAUUUAAAACAUAAAAAAGUAGAUAUGAAUAAAACAAAAUCGAAUGAAAAUAAUAAUAAAUGCAAUGAAGAAAAUGUAGAGAAAAAUGAACAUAGUAUUAGCAAUGAUUUUGAAAAUAGUAAUAUAGAAAAUAAAAGUAACAUUUCAAUAUGUCAUAUAAAUUAUAAUGACAUGUCAAAGAAUUUAACAGAAACGGAAUUACAUGAGGUUUUAAAUUCAUUAGAAAAAUGUCCACCAAACGAAGAUCUUAGAAAUAUAUGGUCUCACGCAGUUGGCGUUGCAAACGAAGGUUUUGAUAAUAUACAGAAAGAGUUAAAGACAUUAAUACAAAAAUAUUUAGAUAAUGAUAUUGAUUUAGGUAAUGGAAAAGUCCAAUAUAAUGAUAUAUGGAAAGGAAUCGUUUUGAGCUUUUGUACAACAGUAGGAACAGAAGUGGUAGAAUACACUAAUAAUUUUUUAGGGUUAAUUAAUCGUGAACAUACACUUGAUGAUAUAUUAAAAUUUAUUAAUUCAUUCUUAGAAGAUUUUAAAACAUUAAAAGUUAAAUUACAUAAAGAAUACGAAAAGGAUCUUUUAAAAAAAAUUGAACAAACCAUUGCUAAUUGA